AUGGCGUUGUGCUCUGAGGCCUGCGUCUCGGGAGGAGAGUCCUCUGGGAGUGAGACGGGCUCUAGUUGUCUUCAGUUUGGCGUCCGUUCCUAUCUGCACCACUUCUACGAGGAGUGCUCGUCCUCAAUGUGGGAGAGAGGCCACGAGGACCAAGGAUUCGUCCAGGCCCAGAGAUCGCCCCGGCGGUGGAGCUCCGGACUCUGGAAGGUGUCCUUGGCCUUGGGUCUUCUCAUCCUGACUGCAGGAAUUGCCAGCAUGUCAGUCAGCUAUUCCACCCCUCGAAGAAUUGAGUCAUUUGGCGAGGGGGAUCUGCUCUUCGUGGACGCCCAGGCCGUCAGCUUCAACCAGGGGCUGCACGUUAGCGGCACCGCCGGGAUCGGGCUCUCCUGCCUGGGCUCGGGUCUGGCCAUGGUGGGGGCUGUCCUAUGGCUCCUCCCUAAGGUCAGAUUGCUCCAGAGAGAGGAGGUGAGAGACAAGCGAGAGGAGUGGGGGAGGGAGGGAGGUGGCGGGAGGGGUCCCGACAGGUCUAUCAUCACCAGGGCCCCCGGUACGGUGGACGGGAAGCUACCUGUGACGCUGUCAAAGGUUGAGAGUGUCCAGCCUGCUCCCUGA